CGCGCUCAUACUGCUGGAUGUGAGAGCAGCGCUGCGCCCGGCAUUCGCACUCCGCUGCUGACGCACGCACUUAAUGUAACUAUUUAAAACUGGCUUUAAAAGUUAGAUGUAAUAGAAACACUCACGUUUGAUUCAGUCAAGUGAAAUUCUUUAGCAUCGUGAAUAGUUCGAGAACACUGAACGCUUUGGCACAAACGAGCAGGCUAUGGACAGUUUCAGACUGUGCGGGGAAAAGAUGCUAAACAUCAAGAAGUUGUGGAUAUAAACGGACAGAAGAACUGUGCUCAUUCGUAAUAUCCUAUGGCUUGAAGUUUCAGGCUUCUUCCCUGGCCACAGCUCAUGGAUUUCCUCACGGAGUAUCCCUACAAUGACACUUAUUAUGACAACGGGACCGGGGCACUCAACAGCACAAGCUGUGAGGCCAAGCAUCAGUAUAACUACUAUGCCAUGCUCCUGACUCUCCUCAUCUUUGUCGUUGUCUUCGGCAAUGUGUUGGUGUGUAUGGCAGUCUCCAGAGAGAAAGCGCUGCAGACUACCACUAAUUAUCUCAUUGUCAGCCUGGCGGUGGCAGAUCUUCUCGUGGCCACAUUAGUUAUGCCCUGGGUGGUGUACCUUGAGAAUCUGUGCGCUAUUAGUAUUGACAGGUACACGGCUGUUGCCAUGCCGAUGUUGUACAACACACGCUACAGCUCCAAGAGACGAGUCACGGUAAUGAUCUCGGUGGUUUGGGUGCUUUCGUUCGCUAUUUCCUGCCCCCUGCUGUUUGGAUUAAAUAACACAGCUACACGGGAUGAUACCCUAUGUGAAAUCGCCAACCCCUCUUUUGUUGUCUACUCCUCCAUAAUGUCAUUCUACGUGCCCUUCAUCAUCACCCUUCUCGUGUACGUGCAGAUCUACGUGGUUCUUCGCAAGCGCCGAAAACGGGUCAACACUAAACGGAGCUGCCAGAAAACAGACGCUGAUGCUCAGCCCCCUCUCAAGGAAAAGUGCACUCAUCCUGAAGAUGUGAAACUGUGCACAGUUAUCAUUAAGACCAACGGGGGUUUACUUGCCAAAAACAAGAAAGCACAACUGAUAAGGGAGGUCCUGCACCAAGGUGGUGAUGUGGGAGUGGACAUCGUGGCAGGCACCAGCCCUCCCGAGAAAAAGAAACUGGCAUCCACUCUGGUCGUCGACCUGCUGGCCAACCCAAGCCCAAUCCAUGCCUCUCCCUCCCACGGUGAAUGUCAGUCAAAUGGAGAUGAGAAAAAUGGGCAUGCCAAGGAGGUCCAGACCCCUAAAGAAGCCAAACCUGUUGAAACGCAGGCACUGCCCAAUGGCAAAACCCGAACUACAGUGACCAAAACCAUGAGCAAGAGGAAGAUAUCCCAGCAUAAAGAAAAGAAGGCUACUCAGAUGCUGGCUAUUGUUCUAGGUGUUUUCAUUAUUUGCUGGCUGCCCUUUUUUAUUACUCACAUUUUGAAAACUCACUGCACAAGCUGCGUGGUGCCACUGGAAAUGUACAAUGCCUUCACUUGGCUGGGAUAUGUGAACAGUGCCGUCAACCCCAUCAUAUAUACCACUUUCAAUGUGGAGUUCAGAAAGGCUUUCAUAAAGAUAUUGCACUGCUGAUGACAUUAUUCACUGCACGCAUAGAGGAGGAGAGAUGGAGGAUUUCACAAGAGGUUAGUGCCAUCUUUCAACGCCAUGUAAAAUGAGGGAUUUACAAAGCCAUGCUUUUAGGACAGAACGGAAGAACUCGUUACAGAAAAUGGAGGUUCAAAUGAAUGUAAAUCAAUGUUUUAUUUGCGUGUCUUUGUUAAUUCAGGCAGUGGAGUGCACGUGCGAACGUGUUUAUUCUCUUUGGAACUGGAGUGUGUAUGUGAUUAAUUGUAGAAUUGAAGUAAAUUUGAGAUGAUCGGUAAUUGGAUCUUGCCACAAAGACUUUUAUGCAAGCAGAGACCAGAAUGUCGUAAUUACAUCAUAUCAAUUUAGUGGCAAGCAACUGGUUACAAAAUGCUUACAGCUCUGUUUAUUCAAGUAUUUAUUUAAUCACAAUCUAUUUAUUUGUUAGAGAACUUGUUAAUUAAGAGAUAGCUAUUGUAAAGACAAAUACAUAAGGUGAAAAUGUAUGGUUUUAUAAAGCCAGAACACGAAGAUAUUAAAGGUGCACUCAGUAAAGGUUUUUUUUAAUUAUUUUUUUUAUGUUGCAUUGGUCAUUUUAAACAUAUGCUGACACCCAGGGGUCUGGAGUGCAGAAUUAUGAAAUUUAAAGGAACAGUUCACCCAGAAAUGAACAUUUGCUGAAA